GGAAGAAUUACACACGGUGGUAAUGAGGGUGACUUCUCCUGACACCGGGCGUUCUGCUCAGCGCUGGGUCAAGUGAUAUAAGGACCGACUUCGUCGAUAGUCUAAUUCCCCUCGCUGCCCACUUAGCGAUACCCCCUUCCCCACAUCUGGCCACCCCGCCCCCGCCUUCCACCCCACCCGUGCGGUAGUGUUGAGGAUGGUAGGCCUCGGCCCAGCAUUUGAGAGGCUGGUGGUCACCAAGACGGACCUGGUGAUCGCGACCUUCUUCUUCGGGUGGACGCUCGGCUUUGGCUACUUCGUUGGUCUUCACUGCGUUCGAGAAGUGGUCAGGGCGAGGCGCCGGCUGAACACCUAUCUUUUUCUCAUAUGGGGUGAACUUGCCGCAUGCUUGGUCUAUGGUCUUAUCAUCUACCUCUACUUAUACGAGAUUAUCCAACCGAGCUUUGCUUACUUCUUCGGCGCGAUUGUAGUAUGGACCUUCCAAGUCCAGCUACUCCUUCAGAUCAUCUGUAACCGCAUUGGAAUUUUGAUGGCCUCCCCUCGGCAGCGCAUAUGCCUGAAACUUGGUGUCGCUUUCUUGAUCUUCCUGGUCAACGUAUCGGUCUUCGUCGUCUGGGUACCCGCUAAGAUAGGCGCAUCGGAGGCCUUUGUUAGGACGAACAAAUGGUGGGACCGCGUAGAGAAAGUCAUAUACCUCACUAUCGACAUGUCUCUCAACUCAUACUUCAUCCUGACUGUCAAGCGACGGCUGGUCUCUUACGGACUCAAGAGAUACGACGCUCUCGUCCGCUACAACACGUACAUUGCCGUCGUCUCCUGCGCUAUGGACGUUUUCAUCAUCUGCAUGAUGUCACUCAAGAACGACUUCGUGUACAAUCAAGUGCACCCCGUCGCCUACCUCGUCAAGCUCAACAUCGAACUCGCCAUGGCCGACCUUAUCCGCAAGGUCGCUUCCUCCACCGGACUCCAUAUCUACGACGAGGAGUCAAGCGCUUCCGGCGGCACCAGUGGCCCCCGCUCGGGUGGCGGCUAUCGCACGCGCACGAACGGGCCCAUGGAAGUGCAUAUUGGGACGGAGGUCAUGACAACGCACGAUCAGGGCGUGCCGCUGGAGGAGUUGGAUAGCAAGCGGGGUGGCGGGAAGAUGACGAAUGGCAGCGCCAGCGACGUCUGGGAGGGUACCGAUGCAGAUAAGCAUUGAGCCUGGAUAUACCCAUGCAUCCGCCGAAAAUGUACUAUUUACUUUGGUCAUUCGUUGCGCUCCAGAUGUGCUCAUGCUUCAGUCUGCUAAUCGUCCGACUAUGGCAUGGAGGAGACAAGAUAGAACCUAUUGGCUAGCGACGGAAACAUCCAGCAACAUACUGGACUCUCGAAGGUUGCACUACUCGUGCUCGAACCUCCUUCUGUGUAGGUCGGCUACCCCCGAACCGACGCUCCUCUGCUUCCGCAUUCAAUACACGGCCUGUUUCAUUGAUCGAAG